AAAAAGACAUCCUUAACUAAUAGUCAUUACACUUGUCAGUGAGAAGUAAGGUGACUGAAAAUGCGUGUGAUUGCACUGUUGGCUCUUUGCCUAGCGGCUGUGGCAGCCGCCCCCAAAGAAUCCCAAAGGAUUAUUGGGGGAUCUGUCACCAACAUUGGCCAGUACCCUAUGAUGGCCUCACUCCUCUUCUCUUGGACCAACUCUGGCCACAGACAGUCCUGCGGAGGCACCAUCAUUAACAACCGAGCCGUCCUUACUGCUGCUCACUGCACCAUUGGUGACCCAGUAAGCAGAUGGAGAGUUCGUGUCGGCUCCACAAACGCCAACGGUGGCGGUGUUGUUCACAACUCCCAGCAAAUCAUCAACCACCCCAGCUACAACUCAAGGACCUACGACAAUGACGUUGCCAUCAUUCGCAUUUCCGGCACAUUCUCCUUCAACAACAACGUGCGCGCUGCUUCCAUCGCCGGCUCCAACUACAACCUUGGUGACAAUCAGGUCGUCUGGGCUACCGGAUGGGGAAGAACUUCCGUGGGUGGAUCAAGCUCUGAGCAGCUUCGUCACGUGCAGAUCUGGACUGUGAACCAGAACACUUGCAACCAGCGCUACCAGAGUAUUGGCAGGUCCAUCACCGCUAACAUGUUGUGUUCCGGCUGGCUCGAUGUCGGCGGACGCGACCAGUGCCAGGGAGACUCCGGUGGUCCUCUCUUCCACAACCGUGUCGUUGUUGGUGUUUGCUCCUGGGGUGAAUCCUGCGCUCUCGCUCGUUUCCCCGGUGUUAACGCUCGUGUAUCUCGCUAUGCUUCUUGGAUCCAGAACAACUCUUAAGCUAUCACAACUUAACUUAUUAAAAACAAUAUAACAGUUUUGAUUUACUA